CAGUGCUCCAUUUUGGCGCCCAAUGUACCAAUCCCUAUAUUUAAACCCUUAAUCUUCCAUUCUCCUCGCUCUAACAGUAAACGAUCGAAAACUACAAAAAGAAUGGAAAUAGAAUCAUUAACAUCAACCUCUCAAUCACUCAAAACCCUAAAUUCUCUUACCCUUUAUCAAUCUUCACUCUCUUCCCUUUCAAUUCCGAAUCAAAUCCCUCCAAACCAACUCUCAUCAUUCCCUCCAUCCAAACACAUCCCUAAGACCCACUUCUUAAUCGACGCCUUCCGCUCAUCCGCCACCGCCGCAACCACCGCGUACUUUCUCACUCAUUUCCAUUCCGAUCACUACUCCGGUAUCACCUCUAAUUGGUCUCGAGGUAUAAUCUUUUGCUCCCAUAUAACUGCUAAUCUCUUAAUUCAUAUCCUUAAUGUACCCUCUCAGUUUGUUUACCCUCUGAAUUUGAACGAGACUGUGAUUAUUGAUGGCUCUGAAGUUACUUUAAUUGACGCUAAUCACUGCCCCGGCGCAGUUCAAUUCUUGUUUAGAGUUAAGAGUUUUGGUGGGAUUGAAAUGUAUGUUCAUACUGGUGAUUUUAGAUAUUGUAGUGAUAUGAAGGAGGCUAGGGUUUUGAGGGAAUUUGUGGGUUGUGAUGCGGUUUUCUUGGACACGACUUAUUGUAAUCCUAAAUUUGUUUUUCCUAAGCAAGACGAGUCUAUUGAUUAUAUUGUUGGUGUUAUUGAAAGAAUUGGGGGAGGGGAGUUUCGAGAAAAGAGUAGUAAGAGUGUGUUGUUUCUUGUUGCGACUUAUGUGGUUGGAAAAGAGAGGAUUUUGAUUGAGAUUGCGAAGAGAUGUAGAAGGAAGGUGUUUAUUGAUGGGAGGAAAAUGAAGGUUUUGAGUGUUUUGGGAUAUGGGGAUUGUGGGGUGUUUACGGAGGAUGCGACUGAAACUGAUGUUCAUGUUGUUGGGUGGAAUGUGUUGGGAGAGACUUGGCCUUAUUUUCGGCCUAAUUUUGUUAACAUUAAGGAGGUUAUGGUGGAAAGAGGGUACUCCAGGGUUGUGGGUUUUGUGCCAACUGGAUGGACUUAUGAAGUGAAGCGUAAUAAGUUUUCGGUUAGGUCAAAAGAUUCAUUUGAGAUUCAUCUUGUUCCAUAUAGUGAACACUCAAAUUAUGAUGAACUUAGAGAGUAUGUGAAAUUCUUGAGACCUAAGCGUGUUAUUCCUACAGUUGGUAUGGAUACUGAAAAUCUUGAUAGUAAACAUGUUGUUAAAAUGCAGAAACAUUUUGCCGGUUUGGUAGAUGAAAUUGCUAAUAAGAAACAGUUUCUGAAGGGUUUUCAUCGUCAAUUCUCUGAGAAUGCUGAGAAGUUCGAUAUGGAAGAUGUUCAUGACUUAAGUGAGGGAUUGAAUCAAGAGAAAGAGGUGAAAUUAAAUGAAGAAAAAGCCAUUGAAGAUAAGGAUUCAGGUGUUGUUUUGAACUCAUCAGUCCUGGAAGAAUCUGGUUCGCAAACUUUAACCACAAUGAAUGAUGAGGAAGCUGAGAAUAUCAUACUAGAACUUCAUGAGUUUUUGCCCUUAUGGGUUACUCGAGACCAAAUGUUAGAUUUGAUUGGCAUAUCAGGAGGGAAUUUGGUCGAUGCAGUUUCUAUUUUUCAUGAGCGCGAAACUGAAUUUCAUCAACAAGUUUUUGAUAGUACUACAGCUGUCCCUUCAUCUCAAACAGGCUCAAUCAAUGAAUCUGAAUUAUCUUCAGAACCACUUUCUAUUAGGAAUAGUGAACAGAUUAUAAGUACUCCUUCAAGUCAAAACUUCAUAUCAUUAAGAUCUUGCUCAAAUCUUUCAAUCAAGAGCAGUAUGUCCCCUGGAAAAAAGAAGAGGGUUGUGGAAAAUAAGCGUAGCAAGAAAGUCAAAACUAAAUCAAAACCUGAAACUAGUGGGCAGAAGCAAUCCACGAUUACAAGCUUUUUUACCAAAACCGCGUCUAGUGUUUCUCAAGGUAGUGUGGCGAGGUUGUGUCCUAAGCUAUCUCCAGUAGAUAAAGACACAUUGCCGAAUGAGGACAGACCAGUAUACGAAGACGAGAUAGAACAGUUCAUUCGGAUAAUUGGUGGCAGUGAAGCAUCAAGAGGCUAUGCUACCACAAUCCUGGAGAGGACCAAAGGAGAUAUAAAUCAAGCACUAGAUAUGCACUAUGGUAAAUCAGAGGGUAAUCAUGGGGAGAGCAUAGAGAAAUUGGUAGCAUCAGGUGAUUUGGGGGAGCCCCAAUGUCGUACUGAUGAGUGCUCUUCUUCUCACGAUGGAAUUGUGUUAAAGGAGGAAGAACACCGUGUUGAUCUGUCUCUGCAGAGAUCAUUGACAGAAGCUAUGGCCCCAUCUAAUGUUGCAUUACCAGCAGAAAAGUACAAUCCUGUACAACAUGCAUGCUGGAGGGUUGGAGAACCUGCACCCUAUCUCCAUCUUGCACGAACAUUUGACCUGGUUGAGGCUGAGAAGGGAAAGAUUAGAGCUACUUCUAUGAUGUGCAAUAUGUUUAGAAGUUUGCUAGCGUUGUCUCCAGAGGAUGUGCUACCUGCUGUGUACUUGUGCACAAACAAGAUCGCUGCUGACCAUGAAAAUAUAGAGCUAAAUAUUGGUGGCAGCUUAGUCACAUCAGCGCUAGAAGAGGCAUGUGGGACAAACAGGUCUAAAAUAAGGGAUAUGUACAAUAGUUUGGGGGACCUUGGUGACGUUGCUCAAGUAUUCCGACAAACACAGACAUUACUUGCUCCUGCUCCUCCCCUUCUUAUCAAAGAUGUAUUUUCUGCCCUCCGAAGGAUAAGUUUGCAGACAGGUGCUGGAAGCACUGUUCGAAAGAAAAGCCUCAUUGUGAAUCUUAUGCGUUCCUGUAGGGAAAAAGAGAUAAAAUUUAUUGUUAGAACUCUGGUUAGGAAUUUACGGAUUGGAGCAAUGAUGAGAACUGUUUUACCUGCACUGGCUCAAGCUGUCGCUAUGAAUUCCUUGGUCUCAUCUUCUGAUGAACAGAAAGCUGAAAGUUUGAAGGAGAAACUUCAGUACCUUUCUGCUGCUGCUGUAGAAGCUUAUAACAUACUUCCAAGUUUGGAUUUGGUUGUUCCGUCCCUCAUAAGUAAAGGCAUUGACUUUUCGACGGCAACCUUGUCAAUGGUUCCAGGAGUACCUAUUAAACCUAUGCUUGCAAAAAUUACAAAUGGAGUUCCUCAAGUGCUAAAAGUUUUUCAGGAUAAAGCUUUCACAUGCGAAUACAAAUAUGAUGGUCAAAGGGCCCAAAUUCACAAAUUACCAGAUGGAAGUAUACGUGUCUUUUCAAGAAAUGGGGAUGAAACAACUUCACGAUUUCCGGAUUUGAUUACUAUAAUUGAGGAAUCUUGUAAAGCUGCUGCGAUGACUUUCAUAGUAGAUGCAGAGGUAGUUGCAAUUGAUAGAAAAAAUGGCUACAAGCUGAUGUCCUUCCAAGAAUUAUCUUCAAGGGAGAGAGGGGGCAAAGAUUCAUUAAUCACAGUGAAUAAGAUAAAGGUCCAGAUUUGUGUGUUUAUCUUUGAUAUCAUGUUUGCUAAUGGAGAACACCUCUUGCAGUUACCUCUCCGCCGAAGAAGGACCUAUCUUAAGAGCUUGUUUUGCGAUGAGAGAAAGGGUUAUUUUGAAUAUGCUAAGGAAAUGACGGUUGAAGCACAUGAUGCUUCUUUGACGAAUGAAGUAACAGAGGCCAAGAUGAAAGCUUUUCUGGAAGAUGCAUUACACUCCUCAUGUGAAGGAAUUAUGGUGAAAACUCUAGAUUUUAAAGCUGAAUAUUCCCCUUCAAAACGCACUGACACAUGGCUAAAGGUCAAGCGAGAUUAUGUUGAAGAAUUGAAUGAUUCUCUUGAUUUAGUUCCUAUUGGUGCUUGGCAUGGAAAUGGUAGAAAGGCGGGAUGGUAUAGUCCAUUCCUCAUGGCAUGUUACAACCCUGAGACUGAGGAAUUCCAAAGUGUAUGCCGUGUCAUGUCUGGGUUCUCGGAUGCAUUUUACACUGAGAUGAAAGACUACUUUUCUGGAGAUAGAGUGUUGCUGAAAAAGCCGCCGUACUACCGAACUGGUGAGGUCCCUGAUAAGUGGUUUUCUGCAGAACUUGUUUGGGAAAUACGUGGCGCAGAAUUUACAGUUUCACCGGUUCACCAGGCGGCUGUAGGUUUAGUUCAUCCAUCCCGUGGAAUAUCAAUGAGAUUUCCAAGAUUUAUUGGCUCUGUUUCAGAUAGAAAUGCAGAAGAAUGUAGCACAGCUGAAGACAUUGCAGAAAUGUUUAAUUCUCAAACAAGGAAGAUGGACGUAACAACUGCAAAUUGAAUUUACUCUUUAUGAUUGUGUACAAAUGCCAUUUUUUGUAGUAUGCAGGUCUUUUUGUAUAGGAUAUGUGUGAAGAAAAUGCAGAGGUAAUCAAACAGUUUUAGGGCUUAUUUGGUUCAGUUUUAGCAUUAUGAAAUAUUAAAUUAUUAGAUAAAAUUUAGGACUAGUUGCAAAAUAAAUUUUAAAUCUGAGCGCGUUUUGCAAUUUAA